AUGGCAUCUUUGGAAGAAUCUCUCAUCGGCCGAGAAUUGAUCAAUGCGCUUGACAAGUCGCCUGAACAAGGAAGCAUCUUUGUAAGCGGCUAUCAGAAGUCGUCUUACGAUUAUCGACCACGCGUCUCCUCUAGCUUCGGUGAGUCGCUCAUUUCCGAAGACCCGGAAAACUUGGACGAGUUCGCCUUUCCUGAGCUCGAAAACGAAAGCUCGAACCUGACUUUUCCACAGUCAGAACCCGAAGCAGCCGUUCCUGUUUCUGAGAACCAAUCCUGGGCCGAUCCAGACGUCAACCCUUGGAACGAGCUCGAGAAGAAAUGUGACGAGGCGAUGGAAGAAUACGCCCAGCUUUUCCGACCCCAUCCGAUGAUUAUUUCUAUGAAGUUAGAAGCGCGAAUCCAGUUGAAGUUCAAAGAACUCGAUUUGCCUGACGAAGGGCUUCCAGGAAAGCAGCUCUUGGAGCGAUACAUUGGUCAGUUGUCGAGCCAAAAAACUGAAGAAGCGCUGCGAAAAAUCAAGAACAUUCUUGACAAUUCGCAGAAGGCCGCUCAACAACUCGUCGCUGCCAUCAAAGAAAAUCUCCCCCCACAAUCGUUUCUCUCCGAAAAGAUCAACUUUUCGGUUUGUCAGACAACCUUCACUGCGAGCAAACUUCGCCAGCACCGGGAACUUUUUACUGAAAACAUUCAAACCUUCGUUCCUAAUUUUCCUCGAUACAAGUGCGCCGAUUCUCCAGUUUUCUCAAUCAAAACUGCUUUCUCGGAUCUGACAGAUCUCAAGAUCAAGAUUUCCGACGAAAUGGCCGCUAUCAAGGCGAUCAUCUAUCACAUCGAAAGUCUUAUCACCAAUCCUUCCUCCUUUUUGGUCUUGUGCCGGGACCGAUUGAAGAUUCAUCUGUCUGCUUUUGACAAAACAACGACGGAUCUUGGUCUCAUCCUCAGCGCGAGUUUCCACAAUAAAGAUGCCGUCGAGGCAAUUCCUGGCUUCAAUGAGUGUGUUGCAGAGCUCAAUCAGCACGCUGAAUCAUUGUACACGACCUUCACAAACUUCGUGCGACUCAUCAUCGACCAGGUCUCAGCCGAAAUCAAUGCUCUCCCAGUCCCAAUCUCCAGUGCCAACCCCAGCAACUGCCUGUACUCCUCUCAAAACCAGUUCUUUUGA